AUGAACCCGGAAAAAAUUGACAGAAAGAGGCUUGCAAUACUUCUGAAGAAGAGAUUGACCAGUGCAUUGGUGAUGGUGGAAGUGUGGUGGUCCCUGUUAGCCGCUAUCCCUGCAGUGGUUGCAGGACAAGCAAUUCGAGUGAAGAAAAGGCGUGCGGAAGAGGAGAGAAUAAAGAGUGCUAGAGGGAGGGAGAAGAGUUCCGAUGAAAUUUUUGUAUGUGAGAGGGUGUGCACAUCGAAGAGAAUGCUGAAAAAGGUUGGUGCAUUCUCGAAGGACCCAAUUCCUGAUACUUGUGUCACUGUCUGCGGUGUAUCUGAGCUCGAUGCCUGCGCAGAUGCAUGCGCGCGGACGGUUUGUGUAAACCAGCAUCAAGUUCCAAACUGGAAUGACAUCUGCCUUAGGAGAUGCCAGAGUGAAUGCUUGAAACUCUCAUCCUCAAGUUCUCUUUAA